AUGAGAAAAAUCAUUCCAACUAUUUCAAGAACUUUUCUAAGCUACAGUGUAAACCAUCAUCAACUCUAUAUGAGACAACUGUCACCACUACCGUUGCUCUGGAUUAUAUUGUCCCUUAGUAUACUACUUCUUCUUCCCCAAACAGUCCUAGCUUAUGAUCACAACACAGAAAAUGAUGAAGGCCAAAUCAUAAUUGACAUACACAACGGAGAUUUAUCUCAACUACUGGGCCAUCGUGAUUACUACACUGUGUUGAUCUUCACAUCAUCAAAUCCAGCUCACGACUGUAAACCUUGUGAGCAAGUUAUCCCAAUGGCUGAGCAAGUUGCCACUACAUACUUGGCCAAAUAUAUCACAUCUGAAUUGUUAUCUAUGCGUUUUUACAAUAUUGAUUUGAACGAUAUUUCCAAUGCUGGGAUAUUUAGGGAGUUGAAAAUGGAUAAUAUACCACACGUGUGGUUAGUCCCACCAAGUAGUAGGACCAUUGGUGCUGUAUCGGGGGUUUAUGAAGAUGGCACGAUUGAACAUGUUUUUGAUAGCCCGCAUUUAAAGUAUUCUUUAAAGAAAGCUUCACUUGAGAGACAAGUUGUUGAAUUUGCUAGGUUUUUGAGCGAAAUAUUGAUGAUUGAUUUACACGUUGAUGAUGCGGUUGCUAAGAAGAGUGGUUCUGGCACACAAAGUUCAUUGAGUACAUUUGCAAAGACAUUUAUUAUUACAUUUACAAUUGUUGUGUUGAUUAAGAAAAAAGGUCCUAGUUUUAUAUCAAAUACUUCGAGAAAAACUGUCGUGUGUUAUUUCGCAAUUACCAUCAUACUAUUGUGUGUUGGGGGUUCACAAUUUUCAAUCCAGCGUCAAUCACCAUUGAUCACUAAGGAUGAGGCAACCGGUGGACUAGUUUUUAUAAGUGGAGGAAGUAUGCAUUAUCAGUAUGGAAUUGAAGUCUUUAUUGUGGGGUUAAACUAUGCUUCGCUAGCUGCGUCAGUGAUAGGUUUGAUUAAAUUGGGUAGUUAUCAAGUGACCGAAUCCAGUAAGAUUAGAGAUGAAACGUCGAGAACUUGGUUGAUUAUAUUGGUUUCUUUGGUGAUUUAUUACUUGUAUAGUUGUCUUACUAGUAUUUUGUUGAAGAAGGAUCCGGGAUAUCCGUAUCCAUUUACCAAAUUGUUUUAA